AUAACAAAGGAGUUUAAUACUUACUUAUUCACUCAAGACAUUUCAACAUUUCAUUUUUUAUUAAUUUGUAAAAAUGUCAAAUCAUAAUUACACUUUGACAUGUUUUUUUUUGUAGGCCAGUGAUGACAACAUAUCUAUAUAAUCCAUUUUAAAUUCAGGCUGUAACACAACAAAAUGUGUAAAAUAUCAAGGUGUGUGAAUACUUUCUGAAGGUACUGUACAUACCAAUGACUAAGCAGCUAAGUUUAUGUUAAUUGUAAACCAUAAUGCACGCAUAUAUACAUCCUUAAUUAAAAUAAACAUUGUGUACAUUUAGGCUACUAUUGUUAUUUCAGGGUUUUCCUUCCUUAUUUCUUUGAAUACAGGACAGUUAACAAAAGGGGCAAACAUUGUCAUAUUAACAUUACCAACCUGGGUUACGUUCUACGAAUCAGCCUCAACAUUAUCUCUUGUAAUGCGCAUAGUAGGCUACUGAAUCUUUGAACAUUUCAGAUAGUCUAUUUGAAUAAUCCCCUAUCAAGUAAACUUUAAUUGAUCACGAAUCUUGUCAAUUUAAUGAGUAUGGGUUUACAUAUAGGUUAUGCCUAUGUUGUAGGCUACAUGUCAUUUUAAUAAUUUACUUGGAAACCACGUCACCUGCGAACAAAUAAUUGUAUGAGCAGCGUCAAUAUUGCACAUUCAUUCCUAAUUGAAAGAUGGGGAACGUAUGAUACACAUUACAUUUAUUCAAUAAUGCAUUUUUUGAACGCAUGCCCAACUGAUAGAAUUUCUGCUAGGCUACCUACAUUCGGUAUCACGAAUACACUUUCAGCCUAUAUCUGCAUUGUCGGUAAAUAGGGGCAAGGAAGGUAGCGCAUGGGCAGCCAGUGAGGAAUUAUUCCACAUCGCAUCACAUGCCUUACAUGGCGUCCUUAUAUUUAACGAAACGAUGCAUUUGCUCAAAUUUACUGAAUUGAGAAUAACAGUCAUUUUCGAAUUCUGGUAACCUUCUCAGUUAGGUCGCAUGGGAGGGGGAUUUUAUAUAGCCUCCUUACAUUGCAAGUUCGGGGAAACGUUAUGGGUUUCGGCUCCUAUGAAUCCUGGCCAAUUCCUGCAAAUAUUGCCAUCAGCGUAAAUAUUUAUUUGCAUCCUUAACGUUUUCGGCAUGUAGGACUGUAUGUAUGAGGGAACGACCCGGAAAAGCAAUGGGAAGAUAUGCAUAUUUUAAUACAUGCUUGUCGAGAUGGACACAUCAAUGAGAUGACCUGGGAACUCAACAUCAGACCAAAAUCACUAGAUGACUAAGGACCUUAUUCCAACCGUGUGCAGCCACACCUCAUUCAAACACUACUUCAAACACUACUACCUGAGCCAAUGUAGAACCUGCCCCUUCAGAAUUCUAUGACUUUUUUCCUUGCCUGGAUUUCAGCACAAAGUCAAAUCUACCAGGACAGAGUAUGCCAUCUGCACCUUUCCACAGAAUUCUACGACCCCUUCUAGUUGGCACCUUCCUACUGGGCUGUUUUGUGACUCUGUUUUUGAUGUACUUUAAACCGUCUACUAGCUGGCUAUCAGGUCCCGUAGAGUCAACAGCAUCCACAAUCCGAGUUAAAAACCUCUUCUCCGCCAAGAGUGACAAAAACCUGACCACUGUACUCGUCUGGCUCUGGCCCUUUGGACAGACCUAUGACCUGGGUGUCUGCAGCUCUCUAUUCAACAUUGAAGGCUGUUUCAUCACAGCAGAUCGGAACCUAUAUAAUAAGUCAGAUGGUGUCGUCAUACAUCACAGGGAUAUCUGUACUGAUCUCUCCAACCUGCCCCCCCUUCAGCGUCCCUCCUUCCAAAAGUGGAUAUGGAUGAAUCUAGAGUCACCAUCUCACUCCUCUCAGCUGCCCGGUAUCGAAAACCUGUUCAAUUUAACUCUGAACUAUCGCCAGGAUGCUGAUAUCGAAGUGCCUUAUGGGUCGAUCGUGACGGCCCAAGGGGACGAGGAUUUCGUGCCUCCGAGCAAAAGCAAAUUGAUCUGCUGGAUUGUCAGCAACUGGAACCCGGAUCAUGUGCGAGUGAAGUACUACAACGAGCUAUACAAACACAUUGAGGUUCGCGCUUACGGACAAGCCUUUGGGGAGUACAUUGCGGAUCAAGACUACUUUCCUACCAUCGCCAGUUGUAAAUUCUACUUGGCAUUUGAGAACUCAAUUCACAAAGACUACAUCACAGAGAAACUGUAUAACCCACUCUCUGUAGGGACGGUGCCUGUGGUUUUAGGCCCGCCAAGACAGAACUAUGAGAACUUUGUCCAGGGGGAUGCUUUUAUCCAUGUGGAUGACUUCACCUCUCCCAAAGAGUUGGCUGACUAUCUCCUGCUCUUGGACAAAAAUGAGGAAAUGUACCUCAGGUACUUUGAGUGGCGACGGCACUUUAAGGUGAAAAAGGCAUACUUCUGGGCCGAACACACAUGCCUCGCUUGUGAUUAUCUCAGAAGGCACAAAGAGUACAAGGCAUUCAAUAACCUCGAUAAAUGGUAUUGGGGUGGAACGCCUUGAAGACCCAAGACAUUGUUGUUUUGCUGUUGGAGGCAUUGCUUGAAAAAUAUCUUCAGUCAUGGACAAUGCUUCAACAUGUUUUUCUCAGUGGUUACAGGGGCCCAAAUUAGCCAUUCCCUUUUUUAUUUUGUUACCAGCCAGAUUUGCUCAGCCUUACUUUGUCUAUUGCAUUUUCAUUCAAUCAUGUAUUUAUGUUGUAGUCAUUUGCAAUGCAUUUCAUAUUUGUUUUAUAAAAUAACACUUUUAUAUUUCAUCUCUGAACGUGACCACAUUUGCUGCUAUGUGUUUUUUUAUGAUGUACUGUAACUUGGGAAUCAAGCUGACAUGCCACAUCUUUCAUCUGGCAGUAUACACAAUAUUGUGGUGUUGAAAUUGUAGUUUUUGUAAUUGUAACUAGUAUUUUUUUUCUGUGGAAUGUUCAUGUUGAAUUUGUUGUCCUCAGGGCACUAUUGAAAAUGAGUCACUGGUCUCAAUGGGCUCCCAAGAUUAAAUGAAAGUUAAAUAAAUACAACAACAAAAAAUAUUCAGUAAGUAAUUGAAGAAAUAGUUGUUUCAAUUAAAAUAUUUAUGUACUAUUUAUUGAAUUGCGACAUUGUAUGAUAAAAUACCAUCUAAAAUUUGUGAUACAGUCAUCUAUGCAGUGUUUACUGAACUUCAAAUGUAAAAGUAGUUCAGUUUUGUUAUCUACUGUAUAUUGUACAUGUGUGUGUUUUUGAGAAAUCACCCUCAAUUUAUUUUUGCAAGGUUGCAUUUGCAAAACAAAUGGAUAGUCAUCUUUGAUCAUGUAUGUACAGUAACACAUUGUAGAAAGAAGGAAAGAUAACAAAAAAAUACUGACAAAGUGUGUCAGGGGAGAAUAGUGAACUUAUUAUGCUAAUAGUGGUUUCUUAGUGGGCAUUAUCACAUUAAAUGCAUUGCAGUUCUUUAAAAUGCCCCAAGCUCAGUUUUCAUACCAUGCUGUGUAAAUGCUAAUUUUGUCAAAAUUUUCUCCACUGAACAAUGCAUCUAAACAGCUCUCAGCAUGAUGGUUGAAUCGGUAACACUUUAUUUGAACUGUACAUAAUAAGAGUCAUAAUAUAACAAACAUUUCUGAAGUAGUUAUAACAAGUGUUAUGACAACAGUUAAUGUCACUUGCAAUUUUUAGUUGUUGACACCUAUCAAGACUACAUAAAUGUGUCAUAACCAUGAGAAAUGUCGUGACAGUUUUUCCUAAAGGGUAACACUACCUUAAUGAAGUAAACUAUUCACAAUUUCAUUAGUUUAAUAUUGUCAUAACAUUAUCCUACCAGCCACUAACCUUUCAUUACAUUUUUUCUAUAAUCUAUGAUAUUGGCCACUUAGCGCCAUUUAGCACUUUCAUCAAGUCUUAGCAUUUCACAUUUCCAGUAAAAGCUCUCUGACCUCAUCCACCUGCAAUGUGUAACACCCAUCUGGAUCAUGCACAGCAGCAGUGGAGAGAUAAGACGUGAAUGUGCCAAUUGGAAUUAGGGUAUGAUUAGGUGCUAGGAUAUAACGCGGAUUAAUGAUCACUUUACUGUAUCUGCAGAUACCUUACAUAAUUAUGUCAUAAUUCACCAAAAUAAACAUAAGGAGUGUCAUUUUAUUUUAUUUUUUACACUUCUGUUUAUAACACAAUUCCAGGUUACCUACACUACAGCUAACCAUUUUAGCCUUGAUGUGUAAGUGACAAACUUAUGUUAAUAAUACCUGUCAGUAUGUCAUGUUUACGACAAUAUUAUGAUGCUGGUAUGUUGUAGCUACAGUUCAAAUACAGUGUAGGGAUACUUUCUUUGAAGGUUGAAUACAUGAAGCAUUCUUAUCAGCAUAUAUAAACUAUUCAUAACACACCCAUGAAAUCAGUAACAUCAAAGACCUUAAGAAUACAUUCAAUAAGCAUACAGUAAUAUUAUUUGUCAUUAGUGACGUUAUUGAAUUGUUUAAAUGUGAAAAUAAAAGUCAUAUGAACCGACAGAUUUUGGGCAGAACAAAAAAACAAUUUAUUCCCUUAUGUUACUUUAUUGGUUCUGAAAUACUGUUUAUUUUUGUACUAUUUCCAUUUUGUGUAUCACUAUGCAUGUUGUGUUACCAUUGAUACUUUUAGUUUACUUUUAAAUUAAUUUCCAAAAUGUAUAGCCAGAUAGAUUCACACAAUCUAUAGAUUGUAUGAAAACUUGUCACAAUGACCAUCAAAGAUAUGAACCACAGAGUUACAGACUGACUGGUCAACCGAAUGGGCAAUAUAUCUUCUGUAGACUACAUUUAAAUUUUAUUUUAUUUUAUUUAACCUUUAUUUAAAUCAAACAUAACUGUUGCUUACAUGUUCUAAAAAUACAUCAGAUAUUUAUAGUAUCUGGCUAUAUGGUUGGAAAACACAUGUAACAUGCAAUCAAUGUUAAUUAAGUUAAUAAUAAUAAAUGUUUGAGAAGGUGAAUUUAAAAGUUAAGGACAUUUCAGUGUUCCGAACUACCUCCAUUCCUGACAUUUUCGUAUCUCUGUGUUCCUACUGUAGAUGCUUUAUGAAUGAAUACACUAUGAAGGUCUUUAUAAAUGUUACUUACACCUUCAUGGAUGUGUUAUGAAUUUGUAUUAUUAUGUUGUUGUGAAUGCUUUAUGUAUCAGUAACGAACAUCCCUGUGCUUGCCUAGCUGUGCCACUUCCACCUGCUCCAACACACCCCGAGACCAUAACCUCGGACCUCUGCCUCGCAAACACACAUGCUCGCCCUCUUGAAACACAUUUAACUAGCUGCGCCACCAAAAAGGUACCAAUGCAAUGGUGCAGGUGGUGGUUUCAAGCUCGAUUCAGUCCGUAUUGCGGAGGAGCCGCGGUAUAGAGCAAUUGAAAUUUAAAGGUAAUUUUCCGAUUGAGCUAAUGAAUGUCGUGAAUGCAGUCUCCGCAAACACGGGAACAUUGCAUUUAAAUUAUAAUCGCACUAUACCGGGGAUAUUCCGCUAUACAGAUUGAAUCAAAACCUUAACCAAUUCAAUUCGGUUAUAUAUGUAACCUUCAAAGAAAGUAACCUAAAUAGUUGCUGUUGAAUCUUAACUCAAAACGUAUGUAAGACUUUCAAAAUAUAUUUUAUGCAAGAUUAGUUUGUACCUGGUGAAAAUACUCAACUUUCAGGUUGUUUUCAUUUUGUUGUAUUUACUGUGAGUGGGACCAUUAGUGUAAAGAGGAUGAUUAUAAAUAUUUGUUAUAUAGACAAUAAAAAAAACAAUCAGUCUAUGUGUAUAAACUGAAAGGUUAUUUUAAUAAGGUGGUGUAAGGGACAAGGACACAACAUAAAGCAUGUCGUCCGUGUGCAGCGGGCAGCCGCCCUAUAGCCUCUGACCACAGAACAUCGGCUGUCAUUUUAUUUCCAAACGAUUCUUCAUGUUGAAACGUCAAUUUUCGUUGACACCCAGAAGAUCUACUGCACACGACUGAUGUUCGUAAUGAUGUGUCCCAUCCUCAAAACUAGUCCACUGACAUGUAGACGAGCAGAAUUCUGUAACUUUCUUUUUAAAAACACCCCACAGCUCUACCAUUCAUUAAAUAACGUAGAAAGAUUUUAGAAUGCAGUUCAACAGUCUUGAUUGAAUGGAAUUUUUUCUCCCACUGUUCCAGGCUGUGAUUGGUUGAUACUGCCCGGGACAUAGCCUAGUUCCAAAUACUGAAUCAGACCAGCGCCAGCGGUGCAUUAUAGCCUGCUGCCAGUCAAGGGAGAGCUGCACAGACCAUAGCUCAAUCAGUCUACCUACCGUAGAUAAUAUUGUGGGCAGCUGUAAUAUCUAGGCUAACCUUGGUUGGACUGUAUUUAUACUCACACUAAAUUACCUAGCUACUAAUGGACUAGCUAAGCUUUGACACAAAUAUUCACCAGCUAUUAAUGCACAAAGUGAGUAGUGUCCUGUGAGUAGACCAACUCUGCUUUGACAACAACAGCUAGCUAGUUGAUUAAUUUGCUGAGGUAGGUAAUAAUACCUAUAUUGCUAGUCUAAAAAACAGCAGCAUAUAGCCUAUUAGGGUCAGCAAACCAUAACAUUUUUACAGCCACAGCCAAAGAUUUUAGCUAAUAAAAAGCUUGCCUUCAGCUCAGCCACUGGCAUUGUCUUACUUUGAUCUUCUGGCUAUGUCAACUAAUCCUAUUCUCAAAUUAUGAAAUAAAAUGCAUUCAAUCAAGACCGUCAAAUGGCAUUCUAAACACUUUUGAAUAAUGUGUAUAUAUUUUUAAUGUUUCAGUCUCGUUUUAACUUUCAAGUGUUGCCAGCUUUGAAUAAUGAUUUGUGCUUCAAAGCAGCUUUAUGAAUGAGGAGUAAAGAAAAGAGACACUUAUACCGGAGAGCCAGCGUUGAAGACAACAGUAAUACUGUUUUGGAAAGGCCGUUUUUCUUCAAGUGAGGCAAUUAUACAAAAGAGAAUUACAGACAGUUUUUCUUUUAUCCUGUUGACAUGACCUAAUUUUAACCCUCCUGUUGACAUUUUGCAGCGAUAUAUCUUUUAUUCACGUAUAAAUGUAUGACUCAUUGGCUGUCUCAAAUGGAGCUAUUGUGAGUUCAUGAACUGUCCCAGAAUAUGACUAUGAAACUUCCAGGUAUGGUUUCAUAUUGUACAGUUUCACUUCAUGUAUGAAACAGAGGUUUCUUGUUAAGUGUGAUCUGUUGCAACAGGUUUGUUCUCUUGUUGUCUGAACUUUCUUUGUUCUUUGCACAAACAUGUCAAUUCUUUUUUCUGUGAGUAAGUACAUUAGGAGAGUGGCUUAGGAUGUGUUUUUUAUUCGAGUUGGUGCAAAGUUGGUGUCCAUGGACAUUAUCUCGGCAUGAAGUGCAUUCUUCAUGUUUUGCUAAAUCUUAAUUGGGCAAUGACGUUUCUGCCAGUUUACUGAAAGAGAUCUUGAAUCGAUCCUUGUAAGGUUUUUGCCAAAUCAUUGUAUUUUGCCAAUGUGUAUAACUGUAGAUGUCUGGUAUUGUCAAGAAAAUAAAGACAUUUAUAAAAGAG